AUGACGAUCCGAUUUGCCACCCUACUGUCGCUGAAUCCUAGAUCGCAGCAUCAACGAUUUCACGACACCGCAUCUAGUAUCAGGUUAAGAGUUAUCUACUUAUUUAAACCACUGCUACAGCAAAAUCCCGAUCAAACAGAUAGACGAUCUUUCAACAAUCAUGUCUUUCACCAUAACCAAAUCUAUACUGAUUUUAACUCUCGUUUUCAUCUUCUUCCAAGUCAACACUUCAUAGUUGGCUCCCUCCGCCACCCAACUCUCCUUUCUGUUUCCGAUGCCGGAGUUAUCAACACACUAGUCUCCGACGAUUCCAUUCCGGCCAACUCCUCUUUCCUUGGAAUCACAGUAGACAUUGUCCACAACCGUAUCCUAGCAGUAGUCCACUCCCAUUCCCAACCUUCCAACUCCGCCCUUGCCGCCUACGACUUACGCAGCCCCCACCACCGCCUCUUCCUCUCCGCCCUCCACGACACCGCCUCCACCACCACCGCCCCCGCCGCCAACGACGUCACCUUUGAUUUCUCCGGAAACGCGUUCGUGACCAAUUCCGCCAGCAACUUCAUCUGGAAAGUGGAUCUUGAAGGCAACUUAUACAAAGUUGAUUCCGAAGAUGGGACAGCAAGAAAGAUUCAAUUAAACAAGGAAUUGAAUUCCCCCGAUGGAAUUGCAUUCAGGAGGGAUGGUGUUCUAGUAGUGGUGUCAAAAGAAAAGCUUUACUUUAUCAAGAGUGACAACAGUUGGAGUGAUGGUGUGGUUUAUGACGAGACUGCCCUUGAUGCCGAACGUUUUGCUACAUCGGUGACUGUAGGAGCGGAGGACAGGGUGUAUGUGUUAUAUGGUCAUGUGGACGAGGGUAUAAUGGGAAAUUCACAAAGGGAUGAGUUUAGUAUUUUGGAGAUUUCAAAUGCGUCAGCUUUAUACAAAUAUGAACAAGAAAAUUGCAUAAUCAUGAGGGCUUUCAACAAAAGUUCGAAUCCUUCAGAUUUUUUUGACGGAUGCUCUUUUUGUGACUUUUUAGAGCAGAUAUUGUUGGAAAAAUUAUAGUUUUAGAUAGGAACGUUAUUUUAGUUGAAUUAUGUUGCAAUAACUUAUGUUUUGUGUAAAGAUUGUUAUUUUUGUGUUAAAGAUUGUUAUUUUUGUGUUAAAAACUAUAUUUCAAUUAUAUAUAUGAUAAUCGGG